CUACGCUCCGGCUGGAGGAGAGCUCUCCGUGGUGUGUUUGUGUGGCUGCUGGUGCGGUUGUUUGCGUGUGUUUGUGUGUGAGUGUGCGUGUGUGCGUGUCUGAAUGCGAGCAAGUAGAUGUUAUUUUCCUUUUUAUAGUUUUAAUUUUUUUAAUUUUGCCAACACAUUUGGGCUAAAGUUGCGUCUGUGCGAGCGGCUGAAGCCUUGCGAAGGAGGAUUUUUGAAACUGACUUGAACGCUGCAAACUCUAAUGAACUCGAGAAUAACAAGUUUGCUGCGAGCAGCCUGCGAAAACAAGCCGCAUCUACGCAGUUUGGAGAAUUUCGGUGCAUCAUCUUUAUCGACGCCGACUGGCUUCGGCUUCUGGUUGUGUAGUUGCAGUUUCAGCCGCUUUUGAAGUCAAAAUGUCUUUUUUUUAGCCGCUCAUAGCGAAUGAACUUGUCUUAACCGACAUUUGGGAGACAGUAAAAGUAGAUUGUUGGGGAUAAGCCAUAAAGUUCCUCAAUUAAAAAAAAUGCUAAAGACCCUGACAAAAAAGCUCAGAAGACAUUCUCUCAAUGAGAUCCAUCCUUUCCAAGUGAAGAUUUCUUAUCAUGGCAGUGGAGAGGGAGCGGAGAGUGAUGACUCAGAAGGCGAGAACCAGGAGCUUGCACAAAUUGACAGAGAAAGACGGAGAAAUUGCGCCCUCACCCCUUUGGCCACCAGCCAGCAGCACAAUCAGGGUGCCAUCUCUCCAGCUCGCCUGCGACGCCUCCGCCUCCUUCUAGAUGCCAAUCUGGAUCGUCACUCAUCAGAGGAAGAGCUUGAGCGGAUCAGCUGUGGCGAUAACAGGAAGUGGGUGUCCGCUCUGCCACAGCGCCACAGCGAUCACCAAAGCAGCGCUUCAAGCGACGAGGAGGUGCGGGACCUCUGUGGGUGCCGGUCGCCGCCCGCCUCUGCCAGGCCGCUGGUCGAGCCUGGUGCUUGCCUUGCUGCCUCUCCCAGCCCUGUACUCUUCAGCUCCAGCCCACCACAUAACCUCAAACCGCCCCAAAUAAGAUUUCAACUUCAGGUGGUUCAGCCAGUCACACGGCCCAUCAUUCUCACCCACUUUGACCAGUCAGCACCUUACAGAAAGUAUCGACACAGCUAUGGUGGGGAGUCUGGGAGACCCAGUCUGGAUCUGGAAAAAAUGCAACAGAAAAUGCUGCUGAAGAAGAACUGUGGGGGGAAAACGAGAACCAUUAAGAUCCGGAACCUGACUGGCACUCGUCCUCCACCCCGGUACACCUACGACCCGUCCAUCUUUGCCUUCCGCUCCUUGAGCACAGUGCCCCCCUGCAGCCCCCUGACUCCACCUGAAGAUCAGCCCUGCUUAUAAGCAAAUUGAAUUCACCAUGCCAGACACCAGCCCCACACCUCAUUUCCAGGUGGCUUCUUCCUUGUGGUUUCUGCAACAAGUUCAAGGACUGACCACUGGAAAGUCAUUUGUUUGAUGAUGGAACUGUUGCGCUCUCAGGUAAUCCCUCCCUGUCUUUUUGAUCAUUUGCUGAAAUUAGAAGCUUUUGAAGCUAAAAGAAAUACGUCCUAGCAUAACUUUUCUGAUGUUAGGUGUAUAUACAGCUGUAACUGUGGAAUAAAUGAUCACAAAACAAGCAUGGACUGCAGGCCAGGGCCUGAACUUUGUUGUAGUUUGGAUCUUAUUGAAGGGAAAGAUGCAUGUUAGACAAUCAAGUGGUUCCAGGGUUUUUUCCUUUGUAACUUCCUAUCUAAACAAGGUGAGUUGAGUCAUCUGCUAUUUUGUUAUGCUUCAAAUAAGACAGUGGUUGCAUUUAUCUGUCUAAAACUACUUAUAUGGAUGUGUUUGAGUACACAGUACUAUAAGGUCGAGCUAUAACAAACAUGUAUGACUGUAGAGGAAUAGUCGACCUUUGAUUAUGAUGUACAUUUCUUAACAAGUUGUCACUUGUAGUCCAGGUCAGUUAUUCUCUUUUCUUGCAUGAAUUCCACAGCUGUGCAGAAAGAGAGAUCUGUGGAAACA